AUGACAAAAUCAUACCUCGAUCUCGUCAAUGAAUGCGACAGAUUCCCCUACUACCACGAUGACCCUACAUUCUACACAUCUCACCUCCAGAAUUACCAUUUCUUCAAAGUUACCGGCUGCCCCUCCAUCCUAGGCUACAUUUGCAACUCCAUAGUCGAGAAGUUCCCCUGGCCCGAAGACUGCUGGUCCAUCGACUCCACAAACCGAAUCGUCACGCUCGUCACAGCCCCCGAUGCAACCCCCAGCCAGCGCAGCGAAUUAGUCGCAAAGACCCUCGCAGAGGCAGUCAAACACAAUACCUUUAAGAUCCUAGACGGGUGGCGCGACGAGUUAUACCCCGUUUACGGUCCGAAGGGAGAGUUCCUGCUCGAGUUGGAGAGAAGCGCGAGUCCGCUUUUCGGGAUCGUUUCGUACGGUGUGCAUGUUACUUGCUAUGUGAAUGAUGUAGAUGGGAUGCGGAUUUGGGUGCCUAGGCGGUCGAAGACAAAGCAGACGUAUCCUGGGAUGUUGGAUAAUACUGUCGCUGGCGGGAUGAGUACUGGGGAGAGGCCAUCGGAGUGUGUUGUUCGGGAGGCUAUGGAGGAGGCAUCUCUUCCUGAGGAUGUGGUUAAGGCCAAUGCGGUUCCGGCUGGGUGCAUUACUUACCUCUACGUGCGGGGCGAGAAUGCUGGCGGGGAGACGGGCCUUUUGCAGCCGGAGGUUGAGUAUGUUUAUGAUAUCCCGUUGGACGCUAAUGUCGUUCCUAAGCCUUGCGAUAGCGAGGUGGAGGCGUUCCACCUGUUUACGGUGGAAGAGACGAAGCAGGCUUUGGCAAAUGGGGAGUUCAAGCCCAAUUGUUCCAUGGUCUUGGUUGAUUUCUUCCUAAGACAUGGUAUCAUCACUCCGGAGAACGAACCCGAUUUUCUAGAGAUCUCGGCGCGAUUGCACCGUCGUCUUGAGUUCCCCACUGCAUCGCAUGCUUUGGCGAACUAG